AAGUACGUCUUAAGCGAAGCUCUUCACUGUACUUCUUCACAAGCAAACCCACCUGCAUUCAUUUCAUUAUCCAUUUAAUUUUUAAUUUAAUUUAAUUAUUAAAUUUCCAUUGACGUCCGUCUUCUGUUUUCCCUUCAAAAUUUUCCUCCUCUUUCCAUCAUUUUCCCGAGAAAAUCGAAUUCAUAUCCGAUCAUGAAGGCCCUCGCGGCCACCGCCACCGACAUCCUAAAGACCCCGACAUUCAUCAAAAUUACAGCCGUUGCCCUCCUCUCCGUCUCGCUCUUCCUACUCGCCAACCACUAUUCUGUUACCUAUCCUUCCCUCCCCUUCUUCUCCUCCACCGCCGCGUCUUCCGGAGCGCAUACUCCGUCUCUUGCGUCUCCUCCGCUGGAAUCGCAUCCUCCGAAUCCUCCGGCAGCUCCUUCCCCUCCUCCGCCGUCACCGCCGCCUCCGCCGCCGCCGGAGGUUGAGAGGAUGGGGAUAGUCGACGAGAACGGCGCGAUGUCGGAGGAGUUCAAGGUCGGGGAGUUCGACCCGAGUUUGAUCGAGGAUUUGAGGAACGUGAGUGGAGGAGAGGAGAAACUGGAGGACGGUGGUGGUGUUAGGGUUAGGGUUGGGAAGUAUAAGUUGUGCAAUGAGCGCAUGACGGAUUAUAUACCGUGUUUGGACAAUGUGAAGGAGAUUAAGAGGUGGAAUUCGAGUGAGAGGGGGGAAAAGUACGAGAGGCAUUGUCCUGGGCAGGGCAAGGAGUUGAAUUGCGUGGUGCCGAGGCCGAAGGGCUAUCAGACUCGAAUACCGUGGCCUCAGAGCCGAGAUGAGGUGUGGUUCAGUAAUGUACCCCAUACUCGACUAGUUGAUGAUAAAGGUGGUCAGAAUUGGAUACGGGUAGAAAAAGAUAAAUUCGUUUUUCCAGGAGGUGGAACGCAGUUCAUUCAUGGGGCAGAUGAAUACUUGAAUCAGAUUUCAGAUAUGGUUGCUGACAUUGCAUUUGGUCACAAAACUCGAGUUGCCUUAGAUAUUGGUUGUGGAGUAGCGAGUUUUGGUGCCUUUUUGAUGCAGCGGAAUGUGACCACUCUGUCAAUAGCACCAAAAGAUGUUCAUGAGAAUCAGAUACAGUUUGCACUAGAGCGUGGUGUGCCUGCAAUGGUGGCAGUAUUUGCUACUCACCGCUUGUUGUAUCCAAGCCAGGCUUUUGACUUGAUCCAUUGUUCAAGAUGUAGAAUUAAUUGGACCCGAGAUGAUGGAAUUUUGCUUCUCGAGGCUGACAGGUUGCUAAGAGCAGGAGGAUACUUUGUUUGGGCAGCACAGCCCGUUUAUAAACAUGAAGAUGCCCUACAAGAACAAUGGAAAGAAAUGGAGAACCUGACUACUCACAUUUGUUGGGAGCUUGUAAAUAAGAAGGGAUAUGUUGCUAUAUGGCGGAAGCCUUUGAACAAUAGCUGUUAUCUUAGUCGUGAUGCCAGUGUGCAGCCUCCAUUAUGUGAUACAAAUGACAAUCCAGAUAAUGUCUGGAAUGUUAGUUUAAAGGCAUGCAUCAGUCGAUUACCUGAGAAUGGUUUUGGAGCAAAUGUUAGCACAUGGCCUGCACGCCUUCAAGAUCCACCAGAAAGGCUCCAGAGCAUAAAGCUAGAUGCCUACAUAUCGAGAAAGGAAAUCUUUAGGGCAGAGGCAAAGUACUGGCAUGAAAUAUUAUCUGGUUAUAUUGGCGCUUUCCAUUGGAGAGAGUUAAACUUUAGAAACAUAUUGGACAUGAGGGCUGGAUAUGGAGGGUUUGCAGCAGGAUUGAUUGAUCACCAGAUGGAUUGCUGGGUUAUGAACGUUGUUCCUGUUUCUGGGUUCAAUACUUUGCCAGUCAUAUAUGACCGCGGACUUAUUGGAGUUAUGCAUGACUGGUGCGAGCCGUUUGAUACUUAUCCGAGAACAUACGACUUGAUACAUGCAGCCGGUCUCUUCUCUAUUGAGAAAACGAGGUGUAAUAUUUCAACCAUCAUGCUCGAGAUGGAUCGAAUGCUGAGGCCUGGUGGACGUAUUUACAUACGUGACUCAGUAUCUGUAAUUGCUGAGCUUCAAGAAAUCGCGAGUGCCGUUGGAUGGGUGCCUGCGCUACAUGACACCGGAGAAGGACCCCAUGCGAGCUGGAAGAUCUUAAUCGGUGACAAGCGUUUUUGAUCGGAUUCGGGUGUAAACAAGUCGAUGUAUUUUUCUGUAAAUGGGUGGAAAUCUACCUGAAAUCGCACCAUUGAAGAGAAAGCACUGCAACUAACUUAUUGCCAUUGUUUUAUACUGUGUAAUUUGUAAGAUUAGCAAGAACAAACGAACAAUCUCGCUUCCUUUUUUUAA